AUGAGCGGCAACAGGAAGUCGGUGAAGGAAAGGAUCACUGAAAUCCAUGUCAUCUCAGGAGGCCCGACAUGCGGGGGAAGCAUACAUGGUGUCAAAGCUAGCCUGAAGGAGGUUAGGCAUCAAGUAAACUAUCAUAACACCGGACAGUGGCCAGCACCUGCACGCAUGUUGUCUGUAGCGUUUACGUUAGAGGACGCCAAGGGAAUCAUCUACCUCCACGAUGAUCCCCCAGUAGUAUCUCUGCAGAUUUCCACAACAAUGGUCCAUCGCAUACUGGUGGAUGGCGGAAGUUCCGCCAACAUAUUAUACAAAGAGACGUUUGAAAAGAUGGGCCUCGAGGCAUCAUGUUUAGAGCCGGUCUCGUAUCCGGUGAUCGGAUUUACCGGGGCAUCUGUCGUCCCGGAAGGAACCAUUAAGCUACCGAUGAAGAUAGGUGAUGGAUCCCAUUCCAGAUACAUGAUGGUGGAGUUUCUAGUCGUCCCGACCGUCUACAACGCCAUCAUUGGACGACCGCUGAUCCAUGAUGCCCAAACGAUAGUCUCUACCUACCAUUUGACAAUGAUCCAUGAUUCUUGA